UCAUUCCAUGUAGUCACAGUUCGAAAAUUUCUGCAACAGCAGCUACAUGUGCAUGUAAAAUAUGAUGAAUCACGGAUGCGGACCCUUGACAGAACGGACCCCCAAUAUAGAAUAUCCCACAAUUGGCACAAGCUCACGUAGCCCCACUUCUGGCCAAUGGAGGAGUCAAUGUCAAACAGACGAAUGGAAACGGACACAGCAAAUUCGGCUCAUUGUGCAAACAAGGUUGUUUUUGAAUACUAUGAAUUUCAAGAUUUAAUAGAUGCUAAAGACCCUUUUACUUCUUCUUGGGUUGAGGCUAAAAUUGUUCGCAUUACCAAAAACAAAGAUGACAACCAAUUGGAAUACCAGGUUUUAUUUCAAGGACAUGAAAGAGAAAUUCCACUUCCACGAACAUUCAAGCAAAUGAGACCCAGAGCAGAAGACUACAACAUGGAAGAAAAUAAGAACCAAAAGAAAGAUUAGUUAGACGUUCAUGCAAGAUUAUUGUGAUUAUGAAAAAUGAACUGCCAUAUGUGAGAUGAAAUAUAAUGAG